AUGGCCGAGUCAGGACAAGAGUCCAACUCGGACAAGAAACAAGGUUUAGAUCAUGUUAAGGGUGGUUUCUAUCGCUAUCCCGACAUCGUCUUUGCCUGGCACAAAGCUCUUAAUCCAUGGCAUGCGAAUGCUGUGAAAGCUUUGGUGAAUAACGUGGCUCUAGUCCAUACCGACCAUCCACUUCGUCUACCUGAUAAUAAAGGUAUUGGUCUGUCCUUCGGGACUGAAAAAGAUGGCAAGAGAAGACUUUAUUUCAGUCAAGCACAAAUCGAAUAUCUACAAUAUUACAUUCAUGAAACUGGUUUGACACAACCCGACAAAUUACUAGAAGUCCUCAAAGAUCAAGCAUCUCAGCGUGAGACUACGGCUCCGAGUACCCCUACAAGUCAGACGUCAUCAACAACGGAAGUUGAACAUCCCACUCUCUCUUCUAAACAGCUUCAUGAUAUAGAUCUAAAAGACGUGGGAAUUGUAUCGGAAUGGGUCCCAUUACCGGAUUGUCUCUGCCUUUCAGAAGAUGUGACAGAUGUGCAAGAAGUUAUUUUUGAUGAUGCGGCAGUACUCAAAAAACAAACAAAUUUGCUUUCCAAACUUAACCGUCAUAUCAAACGAGAACGAUAUAUCAAUGAUCUACCUACGGAAGUCGAUAAAUCGCUAGCGAGAAUAAAGUUCGAUCAAGAAAUCGAGAGGAGUAAUCAAGCUAAUUUGGAAGUGCAAGAAAGGAUACGAUUAGCUAAGGAAGUAGCAAGUGAGGAUAAUAAUACUCCUGGACCGGGACUAUGGAGAGGUCCGAGGAGAGAAAGAACGCAACGGAGUAGACCGGAAGAUGAUAAAGUUUUAUUGGAACAGAUGCAGGCUGAAGAGGUGGAUCAAGGGAAGGUGACGGAGGAAACUGCUCAGGCAUACGCGGAACAAGUUCUAGGUGUACUACAAGAACAGAAAUCGUCCAUUUCUUCGUCCGUCGAUACUUCCGAAGACGACAAUUUUCCAAGACAGAAUCUUCCUCCGGUCGUUCCAGACUCUACUCCUGAGUUUGUAUUCGAGAUGACCGAAAGUCCACCUGUCCACUAUCACCACGCACAACAAGCUUUUAUCCUCGCAUCUCACGGUGGUCUGGCGGCCAUCAUCGCAAAUCCAGAAAUCCCCUCUUCCCGCGACGCGUCAAAUUCCGAGACUUCAACAGCCGUGGAGGUGAUAACUCCUCCUGAAGUAGGUAGAAGUCUCUUUGUGGCUCUCGACUUGGUCAAGUGGGAGGAAGAUGAUAAGACGGUGCUGGAAGUGAGUUACUCGGCUAUUUGGUGGCAAGAGAAUUUGGAGGGAACGGCGACAGAUGCAAAUGCCAAAUUCGAAGAGAAUCGAGAGAGUGGACAUUUCAUUGUUCAAGAUCAUCGUUUGACCAAGAAGAAUCAAGGCUGGUUAAGCGAUUAUAGAGAUAAAUUCGCUUUUGGCCAUUCAUUACCAGUAGCUGAGAAAGAUCUCGCAACUACCAUCAAACAAAAGAUCAUCGAUCUAUCUCAGAAAGCUGGUGGAGGACAUACUUAUAUAUUGGUGAAUUCAUCAGAAUCAGAUCCUAUGGACCUAGCCUCCCUCGGUCUUUCCGUCAACAAAUGGUGGCAGAGUUUCAAACCCCGAGGAAACUUUUAUCCAUCAUACAUGUCCCCUGAAGGGAGCGAUAAGACAUCUUUCAUCGAUCUGGCGGUGUUGUUCGCCAUGUUGGAAUGGGAUCAAUCGGCAGAAGCUGACUCGGCUACAAAAUGGAAAGGUCCGAUGAAGACGGAGAAAUCGCUGGAAGAGAUGGUGGAUGGUGUGUUCGGUAUUGAUGAAGAGAGAUAUCUUGGGAAUGCAGGGAAUGAUUCGGUUUACAAACUCGAAACUUUCCUAGCUUUGAUAACAACUACCGACCUUUCUCCUCUCCGACAACAAGUCCAACAAGCGUCAAAAGCGUUCAAAUCAGAAGAGGAGAAAUUUCGAUUGCUUCAAGCUGCUGCUCAAGGAUUGGUAGAGUUGGUACCUACCAGUCCCCAUCUCAACGACCAGCUCUCUAGUGAACCUACAGAAGAAGAAUCUGUGCCUGAUGGUGAGGUUCAAGGAUGGAACCAGGAUGGAGAGAAGGGAGAGGAAGAGAACCAUCUUGAAGAUUUGCAAGAUGAACAUGUCGAUCAUGUGUCCGAGUUUGAAGAUGAGAAGGUGAAAAAUGGUUUGGCGGAAGAACUCCAAGAGAAGCAGGGAACGACAAAUGUCGCAAGAAAUGAUGAUAAUACCAAGUAUAAUCCCCAGGUAGACGAAGAUUCGGAUGACGAUAAUAUCAAAGGUGUGUAUUUCAAUGAUGAUGAUGGAGAGAUAGUGGAAUGCGCAUGGGAGUGA